AUGUUCAACUUUCAGAAAGAGAUGAGGGAAUACUGUGUCUCUGACGUCGCUGUUCUCAGAGAAGCCUGCUUAAAAUUUCAAGCUGUGAUGCUUGAAGCCACUGGUGAAAAACAGAUGGACCUCGAUACCAAAGCUGUCACCUACAUCAAUGGCAUCGAUCCGUUUGCCCAGUACAUCACCAUUGCCUCGGUAUGUAUGGGCAUCUUUCAAAGCAAAUGUCUCAAGAAACAUCAGCAUGUCAAACUUGCAGACGCCCAGAAAAUCACAGACUGGAUGACGGAUGGUUUCUGUGCUAAGACGAACACAACCUUUGAGUUCCAUGGCUGCUUGUGGCACGGCUGUCGACAUUGCUACCGACACGAGCGUUCUAACACCAUCCAUCCUAGAACCAGUCAGUCCAUUGAAGAACUGUAUGCCCUAACCUGUAGAAAGAGAGAAGAACUGAAAGUGAAAGGAUACAAAGUCAUCGAAAUCUGGGAACACGAGUUUAACCAUCUUCUGAAAUCCAACCGAGAUCUGUCACAGUUUGUGAACUCGUUAGAUCUUCAAGACGGACUAAAUCCCAAAGACUCAUUCUUUGGAGGAAGAACGAAUGCCAGCACGCUACACUACAAAGUCAAGGAACGAGAAGAAGUCAAGUACGUGGAUUUCACGUCUCUAUACCCUUGGGUCAACAGAUAUUGUCAGUAUCCCGUAGGACAUCCUGAAAGCAUACACAAGGAUUUCAAGCCACUGCAUCAAUACGUUGGAAUCGCUAAGGUGAAAGUUGCCCCUCCUAGAAAACUGUACCAUCCUGUUCUGCCUUGCCGUUCCAAUGGAAAACUCAAAUUUCCUUUGUGCAGAACCUGUUCGGAUCAGGAACUACAAACACCAUGCCAUCAUUCGGAUGAAGAGAGGAACAUCAUUGGAACCUGGUGCAUACCAGAAAUUCUUAAAGCCACGGAAAAGGGGUACCAAAUCAUCAGAGUCUACGAGGUCUACCAUUGGCCUGAAACAACACAGUACAAUCCAACAACACGUGAUGGCGGUCUCUUUGCCGAGUACAUAAACACCUUUCUCAAGCUAAAACAAGAAGCCAGUGGAUGGCCCGAAUGGUGCAUCACUGAGGAAGACAAAGACACAUAUAUUAGCCAGUACAGAGACAAAGAGGGCGUACAGCUGGACCGAAACAAAAUCACAAAGAAUCCGGGACUUCGUUCACUGGCUAAACUGUGUCUGAACAGUUUCUGGGGGAAAUAUGGUCAACGUCUGAAUAUGAAGCAGUCUUGCCUUCAUCCACGAAAACAAUGCAGACGUUUUCUUCCAGAUGUUGGCAAAUCCCACCAAAGACAUCAUCGAUUUCCACGUGUUGACAGAAACCAUUUUGCAGCUUGA